UCGUAAGCUUCGCUCUCCAUGGUUUUGUCUUUUGGGAAUAGAUUUGAGGGCAUCAUCGGUUGCUGUUAUGUAUUAUUGAAUUGACAUAACCCAGAUUUGAUGUCUUCUACAACAAAAACAUAAAAUUCAAUAGAUUUUGAGGACCAAAGAUGCAGAAAUUGGCUGAUUUCAAGCUUCCUCAAUUCUUCAAUUAUCCUCCAUACUUCACUUUGCAGCCUGUGAGGGACACUCGUGAGAAGCAAAUACAGCUCUGGAAAGAGCUUAUUUUGGAUUACUGCAAAACCCAAAAGGUUUUCUUGAUUGGCGUUGAAGAAGAUUUCCCUCUCUUCUCAAACUCUGCUAUUGAUAGAACUCUAAGCCAUGAAGCAAGGGAAACGUUCCUCUCAGCCAUUGUUGGAGAAGGGCGUGCGGAGUGGUUAGAUAAAGGGCAUAGGAAAUGUCUGAUUUUGUGGCACCGGAUUCAAGAUUGGGCAGACAUUAUUCUUCACUUUGUGAGAGAGAAUGGACUAGAGGACAGUGUUAUGACUGUUGAAGAAAUACGUUCAGGGACAGAAUCACAUGGAACAGAACUUCAAGGGAUUGAUCGGACUAUUCUAAUGAGGGCAUUGAAGCUGCUCGAGAACAAGGGCAAGCUUGCAUUGUUUAAAGGAACAUCAGCAGAUGAUGAAGGCGUUAAGUUCUCUGUCUAAUGCUACUCUGUAAAAACGUUUUGGAAGUUGGAAAUAUC